AGCGGUUAGUCGUUGCAAAUCGCCGCUGGUUGCGAGUGUCAGUUGAGAACGUUUGAAAUUUAUUUUCUGUAUUUUUACGACAUUACUUGCUUACAUACAUAUGUACAUUUGGUUCUAUAAAAAUAUUUACGUGGAUAAAAUAAAAAGGCAAUAAAAUACUAUAUGUAGAUACCCAUUCUUAUAAGCGGUGCUAAGAAAGUAUACGGUCGCCUCAGUUGUGACUGAGACGUUGCGUGGAGUUGAACGUUGCCUUUGGAAUCUGAAGUGAAAAGUCUAUAGAAGUGCAAAUAUAUAAUAAAUAUAUGUUAAUUAAGAAAACCGACGAAACAUUAAUUUCAUAAGAGUGUGAUAAAUAAAUAAAUAAAAAACAAAAACAAUGAAAAUUGAGUGGGCACCGGUGCAUGUGCCACCAAAGCGACGACUGCAAACCCUUGCCGCGGGUCUCUAUGUGCUGAUAUUUAUGAUUUUACCUUUCUUGUCGUUAACUAUUACGGCAUUGUUGUUGUAUUAUGGUAGUCUAUUUUGGAAGCUCUUGACUCUGGCAUACUUGACUUUUGUUUACUUCGAUCAUUCGAGGAAUUUCAGUGAUAUCAAAGGCAAUGGCUUUAUGAUAUUGCGUAGUAAUUGCAUAUGGCGCAACUUCCGCGAUUACUUCCCCAUAGAGCUGAUUAAAACCGCCGAUUUGAGUCCCGAUCGUAAUUAUAUUUUGGCCAGCUUUCCACAUGGAAUUAUCGGCACCGGCAUCUCCUGCAAUAUGAGCAGCGAUAUACGUAAAUGGAUGGAAUUAUUCCCGGGCAUACGUCCAAAAAUCGGUACGCUGGAUAUGCAUUUUUACACACCUAUUUUACGUGAGGUUCUACGUUACUGGGGUUUGGUCUCGGUCUCCAAGGAGUCACUCAUGCAUUAUCUAACUGCCUCGAAUCACCCAAAACAUGUUGCCAAUCUUGAUGGUUUCACAUCGAAUGCCAUCGCCAUUUUGGUGGGUGGCGCCCAAGAGGCUUUGGACUCACAUCCGGGACGUUAUAUAAUUACAUUGAAAAGGCGCAAAGGUUUCGUCAAAUUGGCCAUACGCACGGGCUCACCCAUUGUACCGACAUUCUCCUUCGGCGAAGUGGAGAUAUUCGAUCAAGUCAACAAUCCACCAAAUUCGUGGUUGCGACGCUUCCAAAGUCUAACCAAGAAACUAACAGGGGUCUCGCCUUUGAUUGUAUUGGGGCGUGGCUUCUUCCAGUAUACCUUCGGAUUUCUACCACGCCGCAAGCAUAUCGUGCAAGUUGUCGGCACACCUAUUGAGGUCGAGAAGAACGACACACCCGAUCCCGAGUAUGUGGAUAAAAUUCAUCAGCAAGUCAUUGACCAGCUGAAGGAGAUGUUUGAGAAGUACAAAGUAAAAUACAUAGAAAAUGGCAAAAAUGUUAAUUUAGUGAUUACAUAAGUAUAUAUAUCUAUAUAUGUAGCACAUAUGUACGUUCGUGUAUGUGUGUGUGUAUGUAUUGUUAUUUAAUUUUGUAAAUAAGUACUAGCAGAUAAUAUGUGUGAACAUUAAUUUGUUAAAUGAGAAAAGAUUUACUUGUAUACAUGUACAUAUAUAUGUGUAUGUAUGUAUUUGUAUAAGUACUAUGUACAUAAUAUAUACAUGCAUUUCAAAGUUUUUUACAUGAAACAU